AUCUUUGGGCUAUUCCGCAACCCUUAGUGUCACCCCUCGAUCCAUCAGUUCUCAAUCCUCUAGGAUCUGAGUUCAUAUCAACCUUACCGAAAGAGUGAUCCUUAUUUUUGUUCUAUCAAGUGAUAUCAGAGCCACUCUUCCGGUAUCUCUUUUCAUUCCAUCUUUCUCAUCUAUCAUUUUCUUCAUAAAAAAAAGAAAAUUCUUCUUCUAUCUAUCUUUGAAUCCGGGCUCCUCUUUACCAUCCAUAUAUAAAAAGAAAAAAAAAGAAAGAAAGAUCUAAUCAAAAAAAAAAAAGAUAUCAAAAGUUUUCAAUUGUGGUUUGGUGGUGGAAGAGUAAGCCUGCUGGCCGAGGAGAAAUCCGGCCUUGGAGGUGGUUAAAACGGAUUUCAAAAAUCAAAAAUCUCUUAUCUUUCUAUCUUGAAAAAAUUCCCUUGUUUGCUUGGAUUUGCCCAUUGGGAUUCUUUGAUUUGUUCUCUUAGAACAUUGAGUAAAAACUUGUGUGUGAUCACCUAAAUCUGAGAGAAACACUUGUGUGGGUGAGGAUCAAACACUUGGGAGUGUGAGGUUUUUAUCUACUAACUUUUGUGUUGAGAUUUUUCAGGUUUAUGAUGUUUGGUUUGCAAAGGAAAAGUAACAAGGAGAAGCCUCAACGAAAUUCUAACUCUCAAACUCCUUUUAAAUAUCCUUUGAAUUAUUUUGAUGAGUUUGUUAGUGUGCAGGAACAUCCAGCUAUAAAGAGAAAACCAACCAGAUAUGUGGCUGAUCCAAAAAGGCAACCCUUUCAAAUUGAUGUCCAACAAAUUUGUGAUAACCUUGUGAAGGGAGUGGACAUAGCCCUUAAGGACUUCAACAAGAGCCAAAAGAAGAGCACAUCCACACGUGCCCCAGUAGCUGAGCCAUCCUUGUUCAUCAGUAAGAAAGCCCAAGGUGAAUCUGAAAACCAUUUUGAAGAACUUAAAGAUUUUUCAGAUUCUCUACCCAUUUUUGAUGAAUCUGAUGAAGAGCUAAUUGAAAGCUUGAUGUUUUGUGAAAAAGAUUGUGAUCUUCCUUCUCUUGAAAAUGAGUUUAAUCUUGAUAAUGAACAAGCUAUUGUAAAACUAACUGUUUUGCAACCGGAGCUUCCGAGUAGUCUUGUUUUGUCUCCACAGGUUUUUGAGGAAGAGCCACUGGAUUUUCCACAUCAGUGCCCAUGUCUUGACACUAGGAUAUGUUUGGAUGAUGAUCUAGGUCCUAUCUUUGAUGAGGAGGACGAACCUGGUCCAGUCUUUGAUGAAGAAGCAACAAGCAUCACAUCCAUUGCUAUGGAGAAUUAUCUAUGCUUUGAUCCCGGCACAACUCCUGCCCCUUUACCUCCUGAUCUUCAAGAGCACUGUGAGGAACCUUCUUCUCUUAAUUCUCUGCCUGACAUGUUUGUGAAAGUCAGUACUGAUGAUGUAAUUCGUUUUGGUCUUGACAAGAUGAAAGAUUUUUUUGUUUCAAAAUCUGUUUUUGAUAACAUGAUUAAUUCUUUAAAAAUCUUUGAACCUGAUAAAUGUCUUGAUACAGGCCGGGAAUCAGAUUGCACGGACGGACGGUCUGAGGUUCAAGAACUCGGACUGGACAGAACGGACGGACGGCUAUGGGACGGCUAGACGGACGCGAUGGAGUGGGAGAUGGCCGAUCUGGUGCCUGAAACAAAAGGGUGCUAUUUUUAUGAGUUUUUAUGAAUUAAAAUGAUGAACAGAAAGAGAACUAUAUGAUCAAUGAAGAACAGAAGCAAAUAUGACUUUUUAUGGGUUUUUAUAAUGAAUGG